ACAUCCAGGUGAGAGUGAGUCAGUUAGCAUUGACACAAGGCCAGCUGGGACGCACUUGACAGUCAAGAAGCAACUCUUUUUACGCUGCUGUGACUGACUCUGUGUCUAAGGGUGAGAUCAUCCAGAACCUCAUCCCUCCUGGUCUCCUGAGGAGCUUUUUCAUCUCCUUCAGCUUCCCCCAACCCCUCCUCCACCUCUAAGGCAGCAGUCAUGAACUGGUCUGCAUUGGAGGCACUCCUCAGUGGAGUCAAUAAGUACUCCACUGUGUUCGGCCGCAUUUGGCUCUCCAUGGUCUUCGUCUUCCGGGUGAUGGUGUUUGUGGUGGCUGCCCAGCGAGUGUGGGGUGAUGAGAGCAAGGACUUUGUCUGCAACACGGCCCAGCCUGGGUGCAACAACGUGUGCUACGACCACAUCUUCCCCAUCUCCCACAUCCGCCUGUGGGCCCUGCAGCUCAUCUUUGUCACCUGUCCGUCUCUGAUGGUGGUGGGGCACGUCAAGUAUCGUGAGAAGAAAGACUUGCAGUACACCACCUCGCACAAGGGCGCCCAUCUGUAUGCCAACCCUGGGAAGAAACGUGGGGGGCUGUGGUGGACCUAUCUGGUGAGUCUGAUUUUCAAGGCAAGCUUUGACGCCGGCUUCCUUUACAUCCUGUACCGCAUCUAUGAUGGUUACGACAUGCCGCGUCUGUCCAAGUGUUCCCUGGAGCCGUGCCCCAACAUAGUAGACUGCUACAUAUCACGGCCUACAGAAAAGAAGAUCUUCACCCUUUUCAUGGUGGUCUCCUCUGCUGUCUGCAUCUUAAUGUGUAUCUGUGAGAUGAUUUACCUCAUCUGCAAACGCAUACAGAAGCUCGUUAGGAGGAAGACUGAGGCAGAGAGGAAGCUGUUCGCCGAGAAUCACGAGAUGGCACCGCUGGCAGCACCCAGGUCAGAGUUCAUGUCCAAAACGUCAAUCAGAGUGGAUCCCACAGUCUCUAUUCAAAACCUCAGUGUCAUCAAAGCUGAGGAGCAGCCCCCCAAGAAAAAAUAACUUACAAUAUGGCAGCAGCCAUAUUGAAAAACUGUGCAAACUACUUAUGGGACCCCUGCAAGCAAAUGCAUUCAUCAGACUCUGUGGAGGACUGCUGCUCAACACCAAAGAUAUCCAUCAGUUCAGGGAUUUCUGAGACAGGGUUUUGUAAAUAUUAUCCUGCUAAAUGACUUUCUGCAGGAACACGCACCUUAUGCAUGCAAAUUAACCCCUCAAAAUGGAUGAUUACAGAGGAAGUUAAAGGGUUUAGAGAAUCUUUUGGAACUGGUUUCUAUGUGUGAAUGCUGUGUUUUUGGCCGUGCCAUUUUUAAUUAAGCUGUUAUAUAAGGUCUUUUGUGAAUAAAUAAAUAAAUAUAUAUGUAUAUAUAUAAAAAUAUAAAUGUGUAUCAAUUCAGAGAAUGAAUCAUUUCCCUGAAUAUACACACUGUUCCCUAAUGAAUAAAAAAAGAUAAAACAGACACAGCAUGUCCAUUAGGGGUUACACAGUAAUCAGAGCAGAAAACAUUUGAACAUUUUUUCUUUUUUUGUUCUCAGAUAUGCACUAUGAUGAAAAAGCUCUUUAUUGUUCACACAAUUAAAUGAUCUAUUAAUAAAUUCAUACCACUUAAAACAAAUAUAUACAAAAUAUAUUUCUAUGCUCCCAACUUUGGUUCUUUUUUGUUUAUCUUAUCUAUAAUA